UCUCAUUAACUUGGAACUGUUUCUUCCAAAUCCCCUACUGGCCAAUCAUGAUCAGUGAUCAUGAUUGAUCAUGGGCGGACACUAGACAGAGAAGACACCUUAAGGCUCCAGAGAGACUACAGAGACUCAACCAGAGAGACUACAGAGAGACUCAACAAUUGAAAGACUCAACCAGAAACAGCAGUAACCAGACAGAGGAUCAGCCAGAGAGAAACAAGCUUCCAGAGACUUGAUACAGGAUCCAGAGAGACCAGACAGAGAACCAAGAGAAAGCUGAGUUAUGGAGACACAUCACUGUGACACAUGUGGGAAGAGCCUUUCCUCACCCAGUAGCCUCAAAAAGCACAUGAGGAUCCACACUGGAGAGAAGCCCUACAGCUGUGACCUCUGUGGUAAAACCUUUAGCCAGGUUGGCCAUUUCAGAGUUCACAGCAGGAUCCACACUGGAGAGAAGCCCUACAGCUGUGACCUCUGUGGUAAAACCUUUAGCCGUGCUAGCAGUUUGACACAUCACCGCAGAAUCCACACUGGAGAGAAGCCCUACAGCUGUGUCCUCUGUGGUAAAAGCUUUAGGCACGCUGGCAAUUUCACAGUUCACAGCAGGAUCCACACUGGAGAGAAGCACUACAGCUGUGACUUCUGUGGUAAAACUUUUAUCCACGCUGGCCAUUUCACAGUUCACAGCAGGAUCCAUACUGGAGAGAAGCCCUACAGCUGUGACCUCUGUGGUAAAACCUUUACCCAUGCCAGCAGUUUCACAGUUCACAGCAGGAUCCACACUGGAGAGAAGCCCUACAGCUGUGACCUCUGUGGUAAAACUUUUGCCCAUGCUAGCAGUUUGACAGAUCACAGCAGGAUCCACACUGGAGAGAGGCCCUACAGCUGUGACCUCUGUGGUAAAACCUUUAGCCAGGCUGCCCAUUUCAGAGCUCAUAGCAGGAUCCACACUGGAGAGAAGCCCUACAGCUGUGACCUCUGUGGUAAAACCUUUAGCAGUAAUAGAAGUUUCACAGUUCACUGCAGAAUCCACACUGGAGAGAAGUCUUACAUCUGUUACCUCUGUGGUAAAACCUUUAGCAGUAAUAGAGGUUUCACAGUUCACAGCAGGAUCCACACUGGAGAGAAGCCCUACAGCUGUGACCUCUGUGACUAUUCAGGUAAAACAAAUGGCCAUCUGAAGAGUCACCUGCGUGUUCACAAUAAAAAAACAACAAAGAAGUAAUGUCUGGGGCCAAGCUGUCCCAGCAGCCACCACCUGAGAGAACUUCUGUAUGACCCACAGCUGGAAGAACUACCGGCCUACAACUAAAAAAUCUAAAAUCCUCUGCUGUUAAGACUGCUCCUCCCAAGGUUUCUUCCAUUUUGUUGUCUUAACUUUUAUUGAUGUAAGACUGUUUAGCCUGUGUUACGAACUUUGUCUAGGGGGUAAGGCCGUAACACUAAACAAACACACAGACAGAACACGCAUGCAAACAUGGCGAGGGACGUAACAGCCUGUGUCCUGCACCGGUCUUUCGCCAACUGUCUUUGAAGGAGGGAAGCCGUGAACUGCUCUUCCCUAGGUUUUUUUUAAUUCAUUUUUUUAUGUUCCUCGUUUUCCUUGAGGGUUUUGGUUGGUUAAGGGGCAGUUCUACGGGCGUAUGUGAAGCCCUCUGUGACAUUGCAUUAAAAAGGGUUAUACAAAUAAAUGUGAUUUAAAUUUGA